UAUUUAUUGCUAAUGAGAACAAGGUGAAUAGCCUAUGCUCGAUUUCGAGUCUUUUUCAGUUGUGGCAUGGAGCGAGCUAACCAUCAUAAUAGUGCAAUGACAACGCUCCUCUUUUCAAAGAAGCCAUCUUAUUACGUGAUGAAGCAGCGCGGAUGUUAGGGUACGCCAACCAUGCCGCUUUUCGCAUCGAAGACAAGAUGGCAAAGGUCCCCGAAACUGUAAACUCAUUCCUGUCUGAUCUUCGAACCAAGUUGGCUCCCGGUGGGAUAAAAGAGCAGGUCCACCUGUUAGAGUUGAAGAAGAAGGAUGAAGAGUCGAGGGGACUCACUCCGGAUGGAAACUUUUACCUUUGGGACAAUCGUUUCUACGACCGCAUGAUGGUCGAGCAAGAGUAUAGUAUUGAUGAGACGAAAAUUUCCGAAUAUUUCCCCUUGCAAUCCACGGUACAAGGAAUGCUCGAGAUUUUCGAGAAGCUGUUCGGUCUGGUGUUCGUCAAGUUAGACCAGGAAGAGCGACAGCGGAUAUCACCCACCGGCAAAGCAGAGGAUAUUGCUUGGCAUGAAGAUGUAAUCAUCUUCUCCGUUUGGGAUGAUGCAUCUGAAGGCGAUGGGUUCGUCGGAUACCUAUAUCUCGAUCUACACCCCCGUCAGGGAAAGUAUGGCCAUGCAGCCAAUUUCAAUCUCCAACCAGGCUAUUUGCAGAAGGACGGGUCGCGUCGAUUCCCAGCUACAGCACUAGUCUGCAACUUUUCGAAACCUACUGAGAAGAAACCCUCGCUACUGAAGCAUGACGAAGUUGUCACGCUAUUUCACGAACUCGGCCAUGGCAUUCAUGAUUUGGCAGGUCGCUGCAGAUACAGCCGCUUCCACGGCACAUCCACCGUUAGGGAUUUCGUAGAGGCCCCGAGCCAGAUGUUGGAGAAUUGGUGCUGGACUUCUAGUCAGCUCAAGUCACUCUCGAACCACUAUGAGACGGGCGAAAAGAUUCCAGACGAAUUGAUUGAGAAGCUCAUCUCCACAAAACACGUCAAUGACGCCCUGUUCAAUCUGAGACAGCUACACUUCGGCAUUUUUGAUAUGACUGUGCACUCGCCGAACAGCCACGAAGAGUUAGAGAAGUUAGAUGCUAGCAAACUAUAUAACGAGCUGCGUGCAGAAAUCUGUGGUCUCAAGGGCCCCGAAGCUCUCGGCCAAGGAAGCACCUGGGGCAAUGGCCAAGCUACUUUCGGCCACCUUAUCGGCGGGUAUGAUGCCGGGUACUAUGGCUACUUAUCAUCUGAAGUCUACAGCGCAGAUAUGUUCCAUUCUAGCUUCAAGAAGGAUCCGAUGAACGGGAAAGAAGGUCGCAGAUACCGCCACACCGUGCUGGAGCGUGGUGGAAGCCAGGACGAGAUGGAAACGUUAAAGCAGUUCCUCGGUAGGGCACCUAGUAGCGAUGCGUUUUACGCUGAACUGGGCCUUGCGGCUGCCUAAGGUAGGUAGCAGGCGUUAGCUAGACAGGCACGGUAAAUAUACACAGAUAAAUCAAGCAGCUAGUCGCGUAUUGUCUCCCAAAGGAGCAUCACUCGCGCAGGAGAACUAGAUACAAUACCUGUGUAGAUUAUUAUCAUCUAUAGACUAGCCUGGGCGGUCUCCAAUCGGUUUCAUGCCCUUAAGACUCAAGCAUCUCACUCA